AUGGCCACUCCUACCCUAUCCGCCGCAAACGAUUCUACUCCGGCGAUCCCAACUCCUCCUCCACAACCCCUCGAGAACGGCAAUCCAAUCAGAAUAAGAAACAACAAGACAACGAGGAAGAAGAAUAAGAGCAAAAUAUUGUCGGUAGACGAAGCUUCUUCCUCGUCCUCUGCAACUUCUACUUCAUCAUCAUUCAGCUCUGCCCAGAGAAAUCCGCGGCCCGCCGGCGUGCCCCGUCGCCGGAAGUUGGUGGUUGCUCCGUUACGGCGAAGUCGCGGGGAUGGUAUUCGUGGGGAGAACUUGGACGCCGUUGCACUCCCUCUCGGCAUGUCUUUUGCUGCUGUUAUAGCGCAGGUUUUGGAGAGGAAAGAGGCUGAAGGCGAAAGGAUGAUGUCAGCCGAGCUCCUUUCAGCGAUAUGCACCACUGCUGUCAGAGAAUCUUUAGCAAAUGUUUUUGGCGAUAAAUUUGAAUUAUUCGCUAACAACUUCCAGCGAUCAUUUCGGAGCACAUUAAGGACUCUUCGAGUGAUCAAUGAAUCAUCUUUCCAUAUACCUGAUCGUAGUUCGAGCCACCUGAAUGCCAAUAAGUUCAAUCGUGAUGUAUUUUCUGAGAACCGAAUUGUCUCUACAAGUACCGGAAAUUUUCUCAAUGAGUCGGACUUGCCAGUCAGUUCAGUGUUCAAUCAACUGAAUUCAGCUGAAGAAAGAGAGGGCCAGCUGUCAACAAUUUCCUUGACCCAGGAACUCACCCUGCGUGACCAUGACAACCGACUGACUUAUACUCCUGGGUCAUUUGGUUCAAGAACGGAGUUGAGCACCAUAGAGAGGUCUGUCGUUGAGCAAUCUCGUUCCAAUGACCUAAAGGCUUUGGAGAUUGCUCUCUCGAUGAGAAGACUGAAGUUGAAAGAGGAACAGAUAGCUCUUGGGUUGGAUUCCAAUAGACUCGAGAGGUCUAAAUUAGCAAUGGGUGUAGACAAGGCUUCUUUCAGAGCUGAAAAGUUCAAGGCCCAACUAGAAGACACGAAGCAUGCUGAGCUGCUUCGGAAUUGCACAGAUUGCCUUGUUGCUGGUUUGUUCUUCAUGUCGGGAUCCCUCUCGUAUGGUGCAUAUGUUUAUUCAUAUAGAAGGAUUGCAGAAGCUACCGAGUCUUGUACUACUCCUUUUGAGGAAACCAAGUCAUGGUGGGUCCCGAAAUCAUUCUCCUCCUUCAACUCCAACCUCCACAUUCUCAAGUGCCAAGCCCAAGUCGUGAGCAGAAUGCUAUUUGGAUUUCUAAUGAUCCUCUCAGUCGCUUACCUCCUCCUCCAACGGUCCACCUCUGCGCAACGGUCGACAAUGCCGAUAACCUUCAUCCUACUUCUGCUCGGAGUGAUGUGCGGCUUUGCUGGAAAACUCUGCGUCGACACACUAGGAGGGGACGGCCUCUGUUGGCUCUUUUUCUGGGAAACCAUAUGCUCCAUCCACUUCCUCGCCAACAUGUUCACGUCUACCGUGUUUCGUGUACUCUGUGGGUCACUCCACAUCUCCCCAGGAGGGUCCAGACCUCGUCGGAGAAUAAUAUUAUGGCCAUACUGGCUUCGAAGAGCAGUUUUCUACACCGUCGUGCUGCUGGUCUUGCCAUUGUGCUGUGGGCUACUGCCAUUUGCCGGGUUAGUGGAGUGGAAGGAUCAUUUUGCGAUGCUUGUUAUGGAUUGUAUGCCGGAAGGUGCAAGCCGCCUUGCUACCACAAUGACAAUGUUAGACGAUGAAGGUUUUUGCCCGAUUCGUUGGUAA